AUGGAGUCUGAUUCUAGGCUUCAGCAUUUCAGCAGUGGGCUUGAGCAUAUUGAGCGGAGUAGCUUGAGGGGCAUCUUGUCAGGUGAAAUUAGGGUUGACGUGCAGAGCUGCAAGGAGCGCGUUGCAGUGCGGUGCCUCUUGUGCUUGCACCAGGUCUGGGCAAAGACCGGAGAGGGGCAGUUGAGACUGGCAUUCCGAAAGAGCGAUCGGGGCAUUCUGAUGGGCUACAUUGUCAGCGCAACAGUCCCCAAGAGCAAGCAGUCCAAGCAGAUUGUGUGCCUGAAUUGCAUAAACAACUUGGUCGGCAAGCUCGCUGAGAGCACUGAUGCUUUGUCGAUGAUGAUUCUUGGCAGCAAGAGGGGCGGCCUGCAGAACGCAGUUGUUCUGCGGCGGGAGGCGAAAGAGGGGGCGUGGAGGCAGGAGUUGGAGCUCAGCGACGAGCUGCUCAGCUUCCUUCGUCAGGAGAACGCGAGGACAAUGCCAGGGGAGCGGCACGUUUCCACGGCAGCAACGCAGAUAGGCGCUCGCGGCAUUGCAAAGGGGGUUCGCCCGAGAGCUAGGAGCGAGGCAGCGGAGAGCUCCGAGGAUUGCACUCAAACGACGAGCAUCAAGGCGCAAGCUGUGCGCUAUCUGCGAAUGAUGGUCUCGCCCGCUGCGCCGGUCCACAUGUACCUGCCCACGAAGUCAGAAGCGCUGCGGCCGCUUAGGCUGUACAUGAGUCCGUGGAAUCACAACGGAGAGGGCGCGCCAAAGGCACUGGGAAAGCCUGACAAGGUUACAGGGCUGCCAGAGACAGUCUGGUGGAAUUCGCUGGGGAACAUCUGCUGCACGUGCCACAGAGGCCGACUAACGGAGGAUGCCCCUUGUGUUCACAAGCUGGCGCUAGCGGCCCUCAGCGAGAGUUGGGCGCCAACGUCUGAGCUCCCCACGCGCGACAGGCUUGGAAGAGGGGUGCACGUUGAGCGAGUAGCCACGGACGAUCGAGGGAGCUGCAUUGCAGUUGCAGACAAUCUGCAAGGGGCGCUCGGCCCGCGACGGCGCAUGGUCUUCCAGAGCUUCAAGGGGGAUUGGCUCUGGUGCGAGGGGCGCAAUGACGGCUGUCCUUCCUUGAUCGACUGCUCCCACGUGGCCGCGGUAAAGAGAGAGCUCAACGAGGCCGGCGGCGUCCCCAUGGCCAACCAGAUGAUCAUGGAGCCCUUGCAACCAUUGUCAAUGGCUGCUGUGUGCUGGCUCGAGCGAUGGGAUGGAGUGAUGCCCCAGAUCGGAAAGGCAGUGCCCACGGUGGGGGCAAUUUCGUCAGAGGGGUCGGAAGGCCGAAGCGCGCUCAAGGACGAGGGGGAGUACCUCAUCGGCCUGCUCGAGAAGCGUCCUCAUGAUCCGGCAACGUGCUCAGGCGAGUCGUGCUUCUGCCAACAACACGAACGGCUCUUUGGGGAUGCGGGCGCGCACGACAUUGGAGAAGAGAGUGCGGGGGUGGAUCUCGAGAGGAAGCGCGCUUUUGGAGGGCACGUGCCCCCUCGAAAGAGAGCGAGGCGCAGCAAGGCGGCGUGGGCAGCGCACAGAGAGAGCGCGCAGCCGGCUGCGCCAAUCGGUUGGGAAGCGCGGCCGCCGACGGACGCGAGGGGCAAGGAGGCAAUCCGAGGCUGGGUGGAUGCAUGCACGAGCUGCACUUUGGCCUCCUUGGCGGACGGGGCUUGCGAGCACAGGAAGGCUUCGAGGGUUCGCGCCCCUGUCCAGCUGCUCACCACUGAGGCAGUCCAGGUCACGAAGCCCAAGCUUGCGAGGCUCAGCGAUGCCCUCAGCUUCCACGACCCGUUGGUGACCUCGCUAGAGCGCCCCGUCCGCGUCAGCAAGCUCAGGGAAUGCCAUUUCGAGGAGCUUUCGGAGAAGGGGCUGCUUAGCGCUCCGUGCCCGUUGGAGCCCCCUCGGUGCGGCGGGUCAUGGAUGGAGGCAUGGGUCAAGGCCUCCGUGACGGCGGCAUCGUGGAGUCAGGGGGUCCAGACGCGCAUUUACCACUGCCAGUGCUUGGACGAGGCGCACGCCAUCCACUUUGAUGGAGAGCACCAGGCUGGGGCUCACGGGCACUCCUUCAAGGCCGAGCUUGCAACCCCACAGAGCGCCUUCCAGCGCACCCCCGAUGCCGUCGUGCUGAGCGAGGAGACUUGGCGUCGGGCGAGUCUUGACUUCUUCAAGCUGGUUGGGCUCGGCAUCCGAGACUGCUGCUCGCUGUGCGGGCCACAUCCAAGGGUGCUUCUCUGCGACGGCAUUGUCGGUCUGGCGAGCGCCGAUGGGGGCCAGAAGCCGGGCGGGCUUGGGAGCUCCUCCCUUGAUGCGCGACGGACCUUCUGUCACCCCAGCCGUUACCCAACGGGACAGCUGCUCGAAAAGCAUUCGAUCUCCGGACGUGACUACUGCGGCGCGGGGCUCGAGGGGGGUGGCCUGAAGCGCAAGCUCCUACUGCAGCCCGAGCUGCGAGAGGCAAUCGCACGGCUCUCACAGCAUCGACCGAAGGACGAGAAGCUCGGGCAGCGGCUGUCGAGGGCGGAUUUUGCGGCCCUCCUCGACGGGCUGGCUCACGAGGAUGUCCGGGUCGUGAAGCGGUUCGGACCGGGGGAGGCCGAGGGGCCGCUCCCAGAAGACGGCAGGAGGCGCCUUCUCGAGGAGCAGCAGACAAUGGUCAGGGAUCGUAACCUGGCCAUGUUCCAGCUGCUGACGGGGAUCCAGGCGGACUUCCAGCGGCGGGGGCUCAGCCCGAACCUGUGGGAGCAUUGGGUUGGCGAGUGGACGGAGCUCUUGUACUCGUUGGGCGCGCACGAUAGCGAUGAGGACCUGAUCGGCAGUGGAGCGCUGCACGUGGUCCGGAAGUUGCUGCUCGGAGAGGAGGCGACUCUCGAGGACCGCCGGGACCUGGGUAGAGACGCCCCCAUCCUGCGGCACCUCCUAGAUGCGUACGGGGGGCUCACAUUCCCCGGAUGUUUUGCCGGGACGCUCCAUCAGUUGUACCUGUUGUCUCUGCUUGCGAGGGGUGCGACGGGGUUCGAGGGCGAUGGCCAGUUGGGCUGGGUGCACCAGGCGAUUUGGCCGUUCGACCGAGCAGUGGCCCUAGUUGCAGAGGCAAGAGCGAGGCCUCUGUCGAUCGAGGAGCGGCGGCAGUUGGACGAGGCUCGAGGUUUGGCAAACGAGCUGCUCCCGGGGGUCGAGAAGUUGGAGCCGAGCCCUCGGCAAUGGGAGCGGAUGAGUGCAGCCGAGCGGUUGCUUUUGAGAGAGCGGCUGGGGAAGGACGAGAACGGGGAGGAUCUGCAGCCGCUCCCGUUGGGGCACAGCUUUCGAGAGGAGCAGGACGCGCUGGCGUGCUACACCCUUCCUGGUUGGGAGCAGAAGAGGGGGUUACCAUACUACUCGAGCUUCGAGCACCCGGAUGGCCGCAGCCGAACCUUGGAGGAGUUCAAGUGCGCAACGGGGAAGUCGAUGAACGACUGGGAUGCUGAGCACGUGCCGGGGCUAGUGAAGGGGGCCGGAAAGUUGUCGGGGAAGAAGGGCAGUAGGGGAAGCGGCCGAAGAGGUGUCGAGGGGCCUUUGUCUUUUGCUGCUCGCACCGAGUGA